UGAAUAACGAAAAUAAAGAAAACAUGCUUGUGAAAUAUGAGGAUUAGUUGUUAAGGCUGUUGCUAAGUGUACUGACUCGUCACAUAAGACUGGUUUGAAGGGAAACGAAGAUCAAGAUAUUGAUUUUCAACAGCUUACCAUUAUGAGUUAGCUUUAUAAACAACAUUCUAAAAGUACGAUAUGACUUAGAUAACAUUUAAUCAAAGUUACUGACAUACCAUCGUUAUUUUAAGCCUAGAUACUUAUGUGGGAAAGAACUACUUUUAUUAGUGGUGUUGCCAGUAACAAUGACUCUAGGAACGAGUGCUAGUUCCUUUGAUAUAUGGACCGAGGAAAUACCUGAUGAUGCAAAUAUUACACAACUCUGUGACUGUGGACAUCAUAAGAGGAAACAGAAAUUUCAGAAAAACACACCUGUUAUUUUACAAAGAAAUAAUGAAAAGUUACCUGAAACAAAUUAUUCUGAAACUUACAAAGCUGUUCAAGAUCCUCGACCAAGGUCCAGCAAACGUCCCCUGCUAUUACCAAGCAAUGUUCUGUCAUCUGCUAUGUCUUUUGAAACACACCAAAGAUCAGAAUUUAAAUCUUAUGAUAAAGUUGAAAGGAGGAAACCAAUAUUCAUAGAGAGGAUAUAUGAACCACCGUCUGAGCCAUUUACGUAUACUACUUCUUACCGUAAUGAUUUUAUUCCAAAGAAGAGAAUACCUGCUGUUCCAGCAACGUUGCCUAAAAAAGCAAGUAUUAUGAGAUUUGAUGGCAUCAAGUUUGGUACCACAACAACAAAAGAAGAUUAUAAAGCAUGGCCACCUCAGAUAACUUUGCCCUUCCAUGAAAUUUCAUCUUCUACCGAUUCUAUAAUCUUUCCAAAUAAAGAACCAUUGCCAGAAAGCACUACACAGGACACAUACUGUGGCAAAAUAGCUCCUCGUUCAUAUCCUAUCAAAAUGGCAGAAACAGUUUUACGAUCCCAAGGAUAUAUGGACAUGAAGACAACACAUCAAACAACAUUUAAACCGUACACUGCACAAUUAAGAUCAAAAAAGGAAGACGAUUAUAAAAGUAAAAGUGAAAAUGGAAGUAAUUUAGGAGUGAAUAACCAUAUAAAAUUUGAAGGAAAAACUCAUUUUCAGCAUGCAUAUCCAGGUUUUAAAGAAAGACAACCAUCACCAGCUAAAAUGGUAAAACCGCCACAGACAUCAUUGAAAUUAUCACAUGAUAACAGACGGUGCUUCGAAACUGAACAAAGAGCUAUAUAUAAAGGUCAUGAUAUUCAAAAACACCCAGUGCGACAAUCUUUCAAAAAAGAAACAGAAAAAUAUGUCAAACCAACUGUAAAAGUGGAAAGUUUGUCUUCUCAGAAGAGAGAUUACUGUCCUAUUGAUCUCCGUUUCCCUUCCAAUUUGCGUUCCAAACUUGUGGUGCCAAAAUCCUGUUUAAAAUCAUGGGGAAACACUGAUGCUGUUUUUGAUGGUACUACUUCAAAUAAAGAAUUCUUUCAAAAAUGGACUAUAAGACCACGUACCCAAUAUCGAGAUCCAUAUGAAUCAAAUAACUAUGUCCCUCCACAGACAAAGUUCCAUUCUGAGACAACAACAAAAACAACAUACACACCAAAAAGACAUGAGGAAACUGUGAGCUACAAACCUUCAGAUGAAUUAUGGCAAGAAAAAACACCGAUCAAUCAAGAAAUGACAACAAAUUAUCGAUCAACAUUCAUAAAGCCUAAAGUGAAAAUGUGUAAAGCGCAAGUCUAUUUAAUUCAGCAAAAAUUGAAAAAUCAAAUGAAGAAUAAUUCACAAUCACGGAACUCUGUGAUAUUAUCCAUGCCAAGUCAGAAACCAAGGAACAUACAGAAAGUUCAGUAACACAUUUAUAAGACCAAUGAAAUAGUUUCUAAAAUUGUAUAACACUGAAAUUGAAUAAAGUCACAGAAUAGAA